AGACGGCUGGCGCAGCCCAGACAAGCAACGCGCUACCACCUGACGUUUCGACCGCGUCGUGACGAUUUCUCAGCCUUUCGCCGCUUCAUCCUGCUCUUCCAUGGCUGCUCUUUUUGGUCACAACUUGGUCAUCACGAGAACACAAAACAGCAUACAUCAGAUUCUCCUCUUGCCAUCAGCGAUGGAGCAGGCCAAUUGAUUGAUCAGCCCGGCGCUGCAUGCUCGACGCCCUGACGUGGUAUUAGCUAACUGUGGAGCGUCAGCCAUGCAGGACAGCGGCCCUGUCGAUGCGUCAGGCCAUGACGCACACGUGAAACAGCGUGAUGAAGCAGCGGACGUACCCAAUGCGCAGGCGGCAGCGGCUGAGGCCAGUCCGAGCAGCAACAGGUCCCCACCUUUGGGGCUGUCACCCACGCUCGCCGCAGCCCCAGCCCCGACUCCCACACAACCUGGAGCAGCACAUGCAGCGCCACAAGCAGCAGCAGCAGCAGCAGCAGCAGCAGCACAACCACCAUGUCUGGCUUGGUACAAUCGGCCGGAGCGACUGCAGCCGAAGAGGAAAAGGAAGAGCCAGAAAGAUGACGAGCCUAUCAAAGAGAAGGAGAGAGAGGACGUGCCACCGUCCAAGCGUCCGCGGCCGCCUCCUGCUGCUUCUUCUUCUGAUGAGGCUGCUUCUGCCGCGGCCAUCGAUGUGAGCCAUACCGAUGCUGCUAUGUCAGCUGCAGCUGCCGAGCAGAUCUCACUCGAUGCUGCAGCUGAGAAACCGGCACAAGAGGCGGAGCAGCUGGUGGGUGAUGUGACGAUGGAGCAGGCAGGUCAGGCGGAUCUGCUGAAGAUGCCAACCCCGCGGCUCACCCCCCCCCCCCGUGACGCCAUCGCCCGAGGCUGUUGAUGACGCAGCCAAAGCCAUAGACCAGGAGCAGCAGCAGCAGCAGCAGCAGCCAGGUCAGGGAGCUGCAGCGGCAGCUGCCGGACCAUUGCCACCAUCGGCAGCAGCAGCAGCAGCAGCAGGUGCAGGAGCGUCCCCGUCACCCUCUCGUCAGGCGAGGGCGCCGACGUCGCUUCGCAUGAGAGGCAUUGCAUCGCAGCAGCUACAGGGAGGUACGCACCCACCCAGGGAAACUCAGUGCAUGUGCUGCCUCAUGCAUCUGCAUAUGUGUGUGUGUGUGUGUGUCUGUAGUGUCUGCAGGUCAGGAUGAGAGCGCUGGCCCUGAGCUCGACGAGAGCGCGGCACUUCUUGAGGGGUUUCGGCAGCUGCAGCAGCGAGGCGCGCGCUCUCGCAUGAUAGGGUGGAACGUCGAGGAUGGCUUCUCUGUCCACUUCUCGUCCCCUCCCGGUGCCGCACAGCGCUUCUCGCGGCGGCUGGUCAUCCGCUGUCGCGAUAGGCGACCGGAGUCAAUCUCGCUGGCUCUCGACAGGGCCAUCUUGUGUCGGACUACCAUCGAGGGGUGUGCGAGGGCACUUGGGGGCGGGCCUGAGGACGGCGCUGCGGUGGACAUGGGGGUGCGUCUUUGGGAGGCGAAUCUGCGCGUGUCGGACGCCGAGAGCUACGCGGCAGGUGAGGAUGGAUGGAUGGAUGGACAGACGCAUGCAAGCUUGGUGGGGUGGGUCCUUUCACUCAUUUCUCGAUGUCUGUGAUGCGUGCGUCUUGUGUGUCGUAUCAGUGCUCAACAGGGAGCCCUCUGCCCCUUUGACCCCCGAGGAGGCCGUCGCUUACGUCCGCUGCAAGGUCGCCCUCCAAAAAGACCCGCCCGUCACCCACAUCGCCGCAUCCCCAGACGCGCAAGGCUUCACCGUGUGCUUCCACCCGCCCCCCCACAUCCCCCUCCCCGUUGAGCCAAACCUCCGGCGAGAUGUCCUAUUCGGCCGGCUCUUUCGCAUUGUCAAGCGCACCCGCAGCGACAUCGAUGACCAAAUGGAGAUGGCCGUCGACUUCCGCAACAGAGCGGGCGCCAAGCACAGCGAGCUGCUGGGCGGGUACGCCGAAGGGCAGAUGACCAGCCAGCAGUGGAUGACCGUCAAGGAGCAGCUGGAGCAGGCCUUCCAGCUACAGAGGCAGCCCCAGCCGAAGGAGAAGGCACGGGCCAAGAGGGGAGGCAGGGGAAGAGGCAACGGUGACCGUGGUGGGCGUGUAGCGGGGGCCAAUGGGGCGGGCAGAGGCAGGGGCCGCCGUGCUGGACCAGGCCCGGCGCAGCAAGCAACGGAGAUGAUGGGACACAUGGAUGAGGGCGGCCCCCCCACACCAGCACCCCCACACCCACCUCCCAUGACAGUCGACCCACAGCCGCCAGCCACAGACACGCAGGACAUCGCCAUGGCGGCCGGGCAGAACGCUGCGGCCGAACAACAGAGUAGCGGCGAGAUGGAUCCCAUCCAUCCGGAGUCGGCUCCAGCGGCCGCUGCUGGUGCUGGUGCUGGUGCUAGUGGUGGUGGUGGUGGUGAUGGUGGCUGUGAGAGGGAGGGAGAAGGGCAGGCCAAGAAGGCCAAGCUGCCAAAUGCGAGGAGCGGGGCUGCGGCAGACGAGCCAGAGGUGCGCAGUCUCCUUCCCCCACUCUCCUUCCCUCUCGCCGCCCCUCCAUCUCCAGACGAUCCGUCUCGUGGGCUGGGCAUCCGAAGGCUGCGGCCCCCCAACUCUGCCCGAGUGGAUCUGGGACUCGGACGCCUAGAGUCGUCUGGGGGACAGCUGAAGCGUCAAUCGACAAGAAAGAGCGACCAGCGGACAGCAAGGAGGCCAUCGUCUCGCACACCCGAUGCUGAUGUCAAGGAGAAGACGAGCGGACACACAGAGAAGGGGAAGGGAGCAGCUGCUGCAGCGGCCAAGCCGGCCUCCCAGCCACCAGCACGAGCUGCGGGCCCUUCUAUCCGUGAGCCUCAGGGGCGUCCAUCUGGAGCCUUGUCUGUGGCCGAUGGUGACCGUGCCCAGCACCACGGUGAGACAGGGAAGGGGGGCGGAGGCGGGAAGGAAGACGAUGGGGCAAGCAAGACCAGCAAGCUGGUCUCUCGCGGUGGUGGUGGUGGUGCUCAGGCGGCUUCUUCGGUGCCGCCCGACGGUAAGUCCGUGAGGAGCAAUGAGAGCAAGCGCCACGACAUCCCCAUCUUUCGGGCUGGGCUGGGUGGUGGGUUGGGUGGUGCGCGGCCGUCACGGUCACCCCGUCUUUCGCGGCGCGAUGGCACCAUCAAGGGGGAGCCACCACUGUCGCCCCGCAAAGGCCGUCCCCGCUCUGUCCGCUCUGUCUCGCCUUCAUCAGCGUCCUUUUCGCCCGAUGCAUCAAGUACGAGCAGCCUGGGCCAGGGCAACAAGAGGAAGAGGGAGCGACCCAGGGCCACGCUGAGUGACGAGCAGCUGGCCGAGCUGACGAUGGAGGUCGACGAAACUUUUCCGGAGGAGUACGAGAGGGAGGUGCGGGAGGAGGCCCCAGAAGGCAUGUGCAACGUUGAGAGGCUUAUUGGCGUCAGACCCUUCACACACAAGUCGGCAGGGGCGUCUUCAGGCCAUCGAUUCGACCCAUCAGGUAUGUAAGGAACGAACCCAUCCGUGAGGUGUGUGUGUGUUUCCGUGUGUGUGUGUGUGUGUGCUCUGAUGUUAACGAGGAGGGGCUGCCGAGGCGCUUCCGCUUCCACAUCAAGUGGGAGGGGUUCGACAACGAUGCCAAGAACAACAGAUGGGGUAAGUGGACAAGGCAGGCUCCCUGGCCAACAGACAGACAGACAGACAGAUGGCAGGCUGACUGAUGUGUGUGUGUGGGGAUGUGUGUGUGGGGGGAUGUGUGUGUGUGUCGUGCAGAGCCCAUCUCAAGCUUCAACCGUAGCAAAGGCUGGACAAAAGUAGCCGAGCAACUCAAGGUGAGUGCCGCGCCGUCCAUCCAUGUGUGUGGAUGUAUCCAGAUGAGCACACUCAACAUAUCUCGGCCUCACUGAUGUCCAGCUCUCUCUCUCUCUCUCUCUCUUGUUUCAGGAGAAGUGGUAUCGCAGCGACUUUGCCCACAAGUGGCCGCAGAUCUGUCGGCAGGUCUGCCCUGACCCACCACCACCACCAGCGGCUCAUGAGCCCGGCCCACCUGCCCCCCUGCCAACGAGUGCACCGCUCGUCCCUCCCGUCCCCCCCGUCCCCCCAUUCCCCGUUGAGCAGCAGCGAGAGGCAAUCGUCAUUGACGACGACCACCACCACCACCAGCAGCAGCAGCAGCAGAGGGAGGGAAGGCGCGUGCGGAACGGUGCUGGCGUCCAAGUCAAGGCUGAGGCUGGGGCAGCUACGGGUGGUGCUGGGGGUGGCAAUCAGCAGGAAGGCGACCCCAACGCCACAGCCCGCAGGCAGUCACCGACGGAGCAGAGUGCGGCUGCACGCAACGCGGCUCCAUGUGAGGCAUCUGUGAGACAGAGGCCGCCCCCCGACUCAGACAACGAAAGGCCUAUCAAGAAGUGCAAGACGUCCAGCAGACAGGAGGGUGGGGACGGCGGGGCUGGUGUAUUCGCGACGCUGCUCCCUGGCGAGUUGCCUUUGGUCCGGAAGGGCGAGAGCUGCCUCGUGGAUUGGGUCAAGGCCGCUUGUCCUCCAAGGUGAGAGGGACACACGCACACGUCACGACACACCGCAAUCCAUCCAUCGGCAUGUCUGCUUAUGUGUCGGUGUCCUCAGUCCUCCCGCCACACCCACGGGCAGCCCGCAGCUGAAGCGCCUCAGACGAAGCGACGCCACGAUGGAAGUCCCAUCGUCCGCUGCUGCCACCAAGUCGACUGCCCCAUGCACACCAACAGGCCUUCUCACCCCCACACACAGCCGCGCCCAAGACGAUCGCACAGCAGCAGCAGCAGCGGCAGCACAGGCAGCGUGUCAGCAAGCUGGUGGUGAUGAUGGUCUUGUUGAUGAUGACGUCAUCAUGGUGGGCGAGCGGAGAGAGUUGGAGGCAGCGGUGCGUCGGUUGGUGCCAGUGGUGGUGUGGGGAAUAUGGCGUGAGGCGGCCUACCGGUGCUGGUGGGCGAUGGUGUGUGCGUGUGCGGGGUGGCUGGCGGCCCUGCUGCUGCUGCCCAUCCGCUUUCGUGCCCACAUCAGAUGAGAUCAGACGGGGUGGGUGGGAUAGUUUGUCGUGUGUUGUGGGUUGGUGGCGGGGCGGUGUGGCGCGAGCAGGCUCGUGUGCAUAGGUGGAAUAGACAGACAGACAGACAGACAGAGAGACAUUUAGCUGCAAGCGGGCAGGCAAUGAGUCGUGGUUAGUAAUAAGUGUGUGAGGGGGCGGAUGGUGGACGGAUGGACACACUGACUGCACCGGAGCAGACAAAUAUGGUAUUGAUGAUACGUAU